AGAACUAAGGCUGUGGGUAAGGCGACAUUUCCUGCCCCUGGGGCCAGGGUGAAAGGAGAGAUGAUGAGUUGAUGAGUGUGCACACCUUUCCAGAGCACAUACACACACCCUGCUCUGGGAUCCCUUGUCAGGCUGCCCCCAUGGAGUUCCCCCUGGCCCAGAUAUGUCCCCAAGGGAGUCAUGAAGCCCCCAUCCCAACGUUCAGCACCUUCCAGACCAUGGACACGACCCACAGGAGCUGCCGGAACCUGGGCUACACUGCGGCAUCUCCCCAGGCCCUGGAGGCUGCCUCCAUCCCAGGGAAUGCUGAGAGGGCAGAGGAGGUGCCUGGAGAAGGAAGCCUGUCCCUGCAGGCCGAGACCCGGGCUUGGUUCCAGAAGACCCAGGCCCACUGGCUCCUGCAGCAUGGGGCAGCCCCUGCCUGGUUCCAUGGCUUCAUCACCCGGAGGGAGGCAGAGAGGCUGCUGGAGCCCAAGCCUCAGGGAUGCUACUUGGUGCGGUUCAGCGAGAGCGCGGUGACCUUCGUACUGACUUACAGGAGCCGGACUUGCUGCCGCCACUUCCUGCUGGCCCAGCUCAGGGACGGGCGCCACGUGGUGCUGGGCGAGGACAGCGCCCACGAACGGCUGCAGGACCUGCUGCGGCACUACACGGCGCACCCGCUCAGCCCCUACGGGGAGACGCUCACCGAGCCGCUCGCCCGCCAGCAGACUCCUGAGCCUGCAGGACUUCCCCUGAGGACCGAAGAAUCAAACUCUGGAAGCAAAAGCCAGGACCCAAACCCCGAGUACAGCCCAGUCAUCAAACAGGGGCAAGCCACAGUCCCAAUGCAGAAAGAAGUGGCUGGGGAGAAGGAGUCCUCCCAGCCACUCAGGCCCAAGCCUCCCAUCCCUGCCAAACCUCAGCUGCCCCCAGAAGUUUACACAAGCCCUGUUUCACGACGCCUCCCGGCCCCACCCCCCAAGCCCUCCAAUCCUAUCUACAACGAGCCUGAUGAACCCAUAGCCUUCUACGCCAUGGGCCGGGGCAGCCCCGGGGAAGCCCCCAGCAACAUCUAUGUGGAGGUGGAAGAUGAGGGCCCACCCACCACCCUUGGGCACCCUGUCCUACGGAAGAGCCGGUCCAGGCCUGUCCCAGGAGGCCAGAAUACAGGUGGCUCCCAGCUGCAUUCUGAGAACUCUGUGAUUGGGCAAGGCCCUCCCCUGCCCCACCAGCCCCCACCUGCCUGGAGACACACCCUCCCCCACAAUCUUUCUAGACAGGUGCUUCAGGACAGAGGACAGGCAUGGCUCCCCCUUGGGCCUCCUCAGUAGGUGGUCCGGCCUGACCCCCAACAAAGAAGCCUGGAGGUCGGAGAAGCAAAUGUGGAGCCUCUCCCUCCUAAGAGAUCCCAAGAAUCCAGUGGCUCAGUCCUUGAUGAUCUAAGACAGCAAAGUGUGCGAGGAGGGCCCUGCUGGCUCCCACUGUCCUGGUUUCUCCUCCUGGAGUCUAAUUUCCUUGGCCCUCUGAGCCUUUGAGUCUGGGCCCUGGUCCAAUGCUGCUGUUGUCUGAGGAAUGGUUUGGUGAGAACAGAUGUUAGAACUUGUUUGUUGAUUCUUGUCUGGCUAAUAAAUCAUCACCAACUGCCUUCCCCUACAGGGA